AUGACUACUUCUUUAAGUGCUGUGUUCCCAACCGUAGAGAAAUGUUCAUCAACCGGGCGAGAAAAACAUACGGUGGUAGCUGAUAUGGACGGGACAUUACUAAGAGGGCGAAGCUCUUUCCCUUAUUUUGCUCUAAUCGCUUUCGAAGUGGGCGGAGUUUUGAGGCUUCUCUCCUUGCUUUUGGCUGCGCCAUUAGCUGGAUUUCUCUACUACUUUGUGUCCGAAUCGGCUGGAAUCCAAGUUCUCAUAUUCGUGACUUUCGUAGGAAUGAAAGUCUCCGAUAUUGAGUCGGUAGGAAGAGCUGUACUGCCAAAGUUUUACGCGUCGGAUGUUCACCCGGAGUCGUGGAGAGUUUUCUCUUCGUGUGGGAAACGGUGCGUUUUAACUGCGAAUCCGAGGGUUAUGGUGGAAGCUUUUUUGAAGGAAUUCCUGGGAGCUGACUUGGUUUUGGGGACUGAGAUAGAGAGUUAUAAGGGAAGAGCUACUGGGUUUGUUCGGCCGCCGGGAGUACUUGUUGGGAAGAACAAGGCUGCUGCUCUUAAGAGAGCUUUUGAUGGCGAGACUAGUAGACCGGACGUUGGGCUUGGUGAUCGACUCACUGAUGUUCCUUACAUGUCCCUAUGCAAGGAGGGUUACAUGGUGGCAGCCAAGCGAGAUGUGAAAGCCGUGAAAAGCGAAAAGCUCCCCAAACCGGUCAUCUUCCAUGACGGCCGACUUGCUUGCAAGCCAACGCCACUUGUGGCUCUCUUGAUAGUCCUAUGGAUCCCUAUAGGCUUUCUCCUAGCCUGCUUGCGAAUCACUGCUGGUUCCCUCCUCCCCAUGCACCUUGUCUACUAUGCUUUUUGGGCCCUCGGCGUCCGCGUCACGGUGAAGGGCACUCCUCCUCCGCCAGUUAACAAAUCCUCCAGCAGCGGGGAAUCUGGCGUCCUCUUCAUCUGCUCACACAGAACCCUCUUGGACCCAAUAUUCCUCUCCACAGCCUUGGGCAGGCCAAUCCCCGCUGUGGUAUACUCCGUCUCACGGCUGUCGGAGAUCAUCUCACCCAUCAAAACCAUCCGUCUAACCCGAGACCGAAUUACAGACGCUUCAAUGAUCAAGAAACUCCUCCAAAAAGGCGACUUGACACUUUGCCCAGAGGGAACUACAUGUCGUGAGCCAUUCCUUCUCAGAUUCUCAGCGCUUUUUGCCGAGUUGACCGACCAGCUUGUUCCGGUGGCAAUGGUGAACCGGAUGAGCAUGUUUCAUGGGACCACAGCUCGGGGAUGGAAAGGUAUGGACCCAUUUUACUUCUUCAUGAACCCGAGCCCGGCUUAUGAAGUGACCUUCUUAAAUAAGUUGCCACAAGAGUUGACUUGUAGCUCAGGAAAGUCAAGUCAUGAGGUAGCCAAUUACAUACAGAGAGUCAUUGCUUCUACUCUUUCUUAUGAGUGCACUAGUUUUACUCGAAGGGACAAGUACAGAGCUCUUGCAGGAAAUGAUGGAACUGUGACUGAUAAUCCUUUGCUCCAACCCACCAAAGUUAUGGGCUGCUAAUAUUAA